UCUCUCUCUCUCUCUCAACAUUUGCUCUAACAAUGGCUCCAACUGCAACAGCCCCUGAUGCUCACAACCCCAAAACUUUCGAUGUUAUUCUGGGAAAGGUACCAGAUGACUUCAAGUCAUUGCAUGAGAUACCAGAAGAGUAUGCAUGGACAAACCUCAAUGAACAUCCAUCUUUGGACUCAGAUUCUGUGCCCAUCAUUGAUCUAAAUGACCCAAAUGCCUCCCAACUCAUAAGCCAUGCAUGCAGGACUUGGGGUGUGUUCCAACUCAUAAAUCAUGGCGUCCCCAACAAUGUGGUUGAAGACAUGGAAUCUGUUGCUCAAAGCCUCUUCUCUCUACCAGCCGAACAAAAGCUCAAAGUAGCCCGAGGACCCGGUGGCAUUUCUGGUUACGGCCUCCACCUCGUAUCUGCCUUUUUGGAUAAGAAACUUUGGUCUGAGUGCUUCACUAUUCUUGGUUCACCACUUGAACAUUAUGCCAAACUUUGGCCCCAAGGGUACACCAAAAUCUGUUCUAUUACCGAAGAAUAUGAUAAAGAAUUGGGAAGGCUUUCCUCUAGGCUGAUGUGGAUAAUGCUUGCCUCAUUAGGUAUAUCCAAGGAAGAUGUCAAAUGGUCUGGCCCCAAAGGUGAUAACCACGAGGCACAUGUCCUCCAGUUGAAUUCUUACCCUGCUUGUCCUGAUCCGGAUCGGGUCAUGGGUCUUGUUCCCCAUACUGAUUCAACCCUUGUCACCAUUGUCCACCAAAGUAAGAUCUGUGGCUUGCAAGUUUUCCAAGAGGGCACCGGUUGGUUUACGGUUCCACCGGUUCCCGGCGCUAUGGUAGUCAACGUCGGUGACCUCAUGCACAUAUUAUCUAACGGGUCGUAUGUGAGUGUCCUCCAUCGGGUACUGGUGAACCAAACUCAGCAACGUCUAUCAGUUGUUUAUACUUAUGGACCACCAGACAAUGUCCCAAUCUCACCCAUACCAAAACUACUGAGCGCAAGCCACCCUGCCCUCUACCCACCCGUCACCAACUGGAGUGAGUACAUUGACACCAAGACAAAGCUCAAGGGCAAGGCACUUGCAUCACUCCGGCUUUAUGAGCCUCUUACAAAUUGAUCGUGUUGUUUCGUAGGUCUGAACGAUCAGACAGUAAGAGUAGAAGUAAUUACCAUAUCAAAUAAAAUCUUCCGUUGUCAAAAUGUCACGUGCGUUUUGCUUACAUGUGAAGUUUGUAUUGGCCGCUAGUGCCCAAGGACCUUGUUAUGAACGAUAUAGUGGGAAAAUUGUCCAAUUUGAAAUAUUUCAGUAAUUGGAGGAAAAAAACCAGCAUCUUUGCCCCAA